CGCAUCUUUCUUCAAUCAGCCCAGCAUCGACAGCUAGUCACUCUCGCUCUCCCUCGCUCUCUUCUCCCCCGCUCGUCCUCGUGCACACGCUCCUUCGCCAUGAACCCCGCCAUCACCAACCUCGCCGUCUCCCUCGGCGCCAUGCAGAUCGCGCGCCGUCUCCCCACGGACGACCCCAAGGUCGUGUUCUACCUCCGCUGCAUGUACCUUGCGGGCCAGGCUCUCUCGUUUGCCAUCUACUACUACAUCACCAUGAAGAUCCGCGCUAAGAACGACCUCACCGUCGUCAAGUACGUCCAGCCAAAGUCGCCGAUGAACCCCGACUCCAAGGACGAGUUGGUGACGACCACGGUCCGCGACUACGAUCUCGCCGAGACCGGCAAGGCCAUGAAGGGCCUCUUCACCGGCAUCGCCUUCAUGGCCCUCCUCCACCUCUACAUGGGCUACAUUCCUCCUCUCUUCGUCCAGUCCAUCACGACCGUCAAGGCCGUCCUCGAGUCCAACGAGGCCAAGCUCCACAUCUGGGGCAAGGCGCCCGAGGGCCCCCUUGCGCGCCCCUUCAAGGCCGCCCCGGGUCUCAUGGAGCAGCUCACCGGCGCCCAGGCCGGCCCGCAGACGGACCAGGCGUCCAUCCGCGCCGCCGAGAAGGCUGGCGGCAAGUCGGAGUAAUCUAGUCCUGUAUUGUCAUGGCCGGCAGGCUGUAGAUGCAUGUGGCGUUUGAUGGGUGAGA